AUGAUAAAUAGGACCACAGUAAGGGAAUUCAUAUUGUUGGGGAUGACUGACAACUUUCCCCUUGAAAUUAGCCUUUUUCUCCUCCUGUUCGGAAUUUAUCUUCUAACUUUAAUAGGAAAUGCGGUGGUUAUUAUUAUGACACAGGUGAAUGUUCAACUCUGUAGCCCAAUGUAUUUCUUCCUCCGAUAUUUGGCAUGGGGAGAUAUUGGGUAUAUGAGUACUGUAAUUCCCAAAGCACUGGUCAACAUAGCUACUGGGAGUAAGAGCAUCUCUUUAGCUGGUUGCUUCAUACAGAUAUUUCUUUAUUUGGUCCUUGGUACCACUGAAUUCCUCCUACUGGCUGCAAUGUCUGUUGAUCGGUACAUAGCCAUCUGUAACCCUCUUCACUAUCCAACCAUCAUGAAUAACCAAGUUUGCUCAUUAUUGGUAUUUUGUUGCUUGGCAGGGGGGAUCUCACUAAUUCUAGUUAUAUGCAUUCCUUUAUUUCUGAUGCCAUUUUGUGGUCCUAACAUCAUGAAUCAUUUCUUUUGUGACAAUGGACCUCUAAUGAAACUGGCAUGUGCUGACACCAGCUUUCUAGAAAUGAUUAUUUUUUUGGUUGCCAUAUUCUCUCUGCUUGGGACCUUAAGUGUCAACCUUGUGUCUUACGUCAAAAUCAUUUCCACCAUUCUGCGCAUCCCAUCCACUACAGGGAGGAAGAAAACCUUCUCCACUUGUGCUUCCCACAUGACCGUAGUUACCAUCGCUUACAGCAGCUGCAUUUUCAUGUACAUCAAGCCGAAAGGCACCAGCGGAUUAGACUACAACAAAAUGGUGGCUCUUUUGAACACAGUUAUGGCGCCUCUUCUCGUCCCAAUCAUAUACUGCUUGAGGAACAGACAAGUCCAAGAUGCUCUGAGGGCUGAACUGAGACACAGGAUCGGUUUUGCAAAAAAAUGAGAUGAUUUGCUAUCGAUAUGAUUGGUUCAGAUUUCAUGUCUUAGAACGCAUUGUUAAGCUAUAGCAUGUGCUGCCUUCAGAAGUAACAAUCACCCACAGAGAUGCUCUUACAAGGGGACUUGAGAAUGGAUAGAGGAUGAGGUAAUCAGGGAUGGAAACAUGUGAUUGACAUCAAAGGCAGAAUCCCUGAAAAAUUGGUUGCAAGUGAAGAACAAUGGAAAAAGACAAUUGCCCACCUCUUCUCAUUGUCAAUUUACAACACACAUCUGGUUG